CCACCUUCCACUCCCACAAUACACAGACCCAAGAAGAAAGCAAGAGGCAGCAGGCGGCCAGGCUCAGCUCCUAAGUUGUGCAGUUUCCUGAAGCCAAAUGGAAUGUGCCUGGUACCUUUGUGUCUGCAGCCUCCUCUGUGUCUGGCCUGCGGCAGCAGGACAUCCUUGCAGCAUUGACAGUAAGGGAUGGGCUGACUGCAGUGGAAAGAGCCUUCUACACACUCCAGAUUCCCUUCCUGGAAACAUCACCAGCUUGGACCUUUCCUUCAACUCCUUGGCAAUGCCCAGAAGUGGGACUUUCUUGAUACACUUCCCUUCUCUGCGUGCCCUAAACCUCUCCAACAACAUCAUUCCCAUGCUCUAUCCAGCAGUCUUCUCUAACCUCUGGGCACUUCAUCUGCUGGACCUGAACAGCUGUAACAUCUCCCACCUUCACCCAGAAGCUUUCCAGGGCUUGAGAAACCUGCACACGCUGCUCCUGAAAAACAAUAAGCUUCAGAUUCUGCAGCUGCCUGCGUUCCUAGCCUUUGGAGCCCUUGUCCAUCUGGAUCUGCGGAAUAAUGAUCUGCUCUCUGUGGAUGCACUAGUCCUGCAACGGAUGGAAAGAACCCAUCAGAUCCUGCUUCAGGGGAACCCCUGGGUCUGUAAUUGUUCCAUGUAUCCUUUCCAGCAAUGGCUACAUCAAAGACGAGGUGAGGGAAGGACUGAGGGCAGGGCUACCAUGGGUAAAGAGGAGGGACUUAAGCGUAAAUGCCCUGGAAGGGUUCAGGGAAGGAUUACAGGAGUAAUAGAUGUAGAAACCCUAUUUGGUCCCUUUUAUUCCGUCUCUUCUGAUUAAUGCAGGCUUAUUUCCAGCAGACUAUUUUCUAGGGUUUCUCUAAUCUUUUUUAAGGGACAUCAACUGAAAAAUCACUUUGAAAGUUUUUAUUUAUUGUGGUCACAAGUAAUGCCCAAGAUGCCUAGAAAUGAUGCAAAGGAGAAAAGGCUUUUUUUCAGUUUGGCUAAGAUUUUGGAAAAUGGGCACCUAAAGUUCACCUCCUAAUCCACAUUUAGGCAUCUGAAUAAAUGGCCAGAUUUCAAAAGUGCUAACCACUCAACCGCUCCUAUUAUCCACUUCAGUGGGAGCAGGACCUCAAACCUCAGAGCUCAGUUUUUGAAAUGGACUAGAUUUCACGGUGACGGUGUCCCUUUAACUGUUGACAUUUCUAUCACAAUGUGAGACCUUUUCUACACUACAAAUUAAGUUGACCUAUGUUAGGACGACAUGCAGCCACCACAAUAAUUACUGUGGUUUUUCAUGUCCACGCUACCCUCCUUCUGCUGAUGGUGGGUAUCCUCACCAGGAGUGCUUGCCCACUCCCCCCUCCCACCACAG